AUGCACUCCCCCUUCUCGAUCGACGAGCUCAUCAGCUCGACCGAGUUGGGCACCGAUGCCGUCACUGCCACGCUCUUCCAUCGUCAGUUGACGCACACAGUACCAUGUUCGAGCUUGGCACUGAUCAGACCCGAGUGUUGACAGGUGAUCGAAUCUACCUGGGGACGGACAAGGGCUCGCUGCUCGUCUUUGAGCUCGCACACGCCUCGACCAGCAGGGGUACGUCCUUACGGCCAAGCCAUCUCAGCCAGUAGACGCACUCCGCCGACUGAUCAAGCUGCCAUCAUCGCCCACCCGUACAGCUCCUCCAUCGGCCAAACUGGCGCUCAAGCAGCCAGCGUUCGCCAAGCGCCCGAUCGAGCAGCUCGUCGCGCUUGAUGAGAUCGAUGCGAUCGCCUGUCUUGCAGGUGAGACGGCACAACCGAGCUCAUUUCGGAAAUCCUGGAAGCUCGGACUUUCGUUGACAAAGAUCCCUUUCCUUUUGUUUACUCAGGCGGAGACUUGUCGAUCCACUCCAUGUCCUCCUUCGCGCUCCGAUCAUCGUUCAAUCAGCUCACCCGUGCGACGUGCUCCUCGAUUGCCCGUACGACCUCUUCCACGUCGGUCUCGACGACCAAACAGAAUACGGACCAUACCGUCCUCGCUCUUGCCUGUCGACGUCGUCUGAUACUCCUCUCGUGGACCGGGUCGGGCGCCAACGCCGUCGGCUCGAACAAGGAGAUCGCUCUCCCGCAUCAAGUCCGAGGCAUGUCCUUCACCGAGGACGAAGGUGAGGCGGGCACGAGCCUCAAAUUGGUUCUAGGCUUUUCUACGGGAGAGUAUGGGAUCACCACCGUCCCCAAGCUCAAGCAUUCAGCCGAAUCCGGAUCCGAAUCGACGGAGAGGACCAAGAUUCGCAAGCCCCCACCAGGGAGUGCGGCUGCUCCGAGCUCGGCAUCCGGGAAGCUCGAUCAACCUCUACUUGGGGAACUCUUCACUCCGACUUUGGCAGGCGCGGUGACCAAGGAUGUCGCCCCGACUCUGGCCACUGUGGUGGCAUCGACGGCGACUGAAGGCGGCAAAUCCUCUGCACUGGGGUCGCUCGGACUCGGCGCGCUGUCACUGUCGGCGUUGACCACGAAGAAGAUCGACAAGAAUGAGGUUGUUCUCAUACCGCGAAAGAGGAGGAAUACAAAGAGAGAGGCGAGCGAGCGACAGUCGGAGGAAGAAGACAGGAGGAGAGCCGAGGAGGACUGGCUGUAUGGUAAAGAGUGGGGAUGGGACGAUCAGGACGAAGGAGAGAAAGGGGUCGGAAGCAAAGUGCUCGUCGUUCGAGAUAGUGAGUCCCGAGCUGAAAUUUCAUUGUCACGGGUAGAGUCUGAUCGAUGCCCGUCGCCUGUCCUUGCAGACCUCGCUCAAGUGCUCGACACUUCCAACGGACAAGUCCCUCGCACCUCACUGGGCAGCAUCUCAUACCCGUCACCUGUAGAGGAGACGGUCGUCACUCCGCCUUUCGUCAUCUCGCUUCUUUCCAACUCGACUCUAUCGAUCCACACGACCGAUACGCUCACGUCCGUUCAAACGCUCGACUUGCCCACGCAGUCGAAUUCUUCGAUCGUAUCCAACCUCGGAGCGAAUAAGAUCUCGACCUCGGCGAGACUGUUGACGCCUUCUUCGAGUUCAUCCCCGCCCUUGUUCUUUUUGACGACUUCUUCGGUGGGUGCAGCGACAGCUGGUGCGGGCGCACCGAUCGUUUCGCAAACGCUUUGGAUCGUUCGCUCGCAAUCCUGGAUCGAACAAAUCGAAGCGCUCGGCGCGCAGGGACUGUGGUCGAAAGCAAUUCAAUGGUUUCGUCUCGCACUCCCCUUUUCCGAAUCGGCGUCUCAGCCACUUUCGAUGGAGACUGUGAAGCGAUUGAAGCUUUUGAGGAGCUGGGAGCUGUUCAAUGAGGGGCGGUUUGGAUUGGCCGUCGAUGCGUUCAUUAGGUUGGAGGUCUCGGCCGUCAAGGUCGUGGGACUGUAUCCGGAACGACUUGCGGGACGAUUAGUGAGGGAUGAUGCUGAGAAAGAGGAGGCUUUCGGAGGUCGCAAGGCCGAAGAUGCGCGGGCAAUGCAAGAAGCCAAACCCGCGGAGGGGGCCGAGACGAAGAUGUUGUCUGAUGCGGUAGACAGCUCAACACCGUCACCAUCGCAUCACCACUUUUCACUCGCCGCGCGAUUGAGGGAAUCUACGAUCGGUAGCUCUUCCGCCACCCCUUCGUCACCCAAUUCGACGAUCCGAUCGAGCUCGGUCGACUCGGCCCGACUUGGCACAAAUAGCUCGGACGAGGCACAGCAAAAGGCGUUCAACGUAUCGGUCGACGAACUGGUUCGAUUCCUCACCGAUCGACGACAACAAAUCAACAAGGCACUAUCCCUCCUCCCACCAUCUCGAAGACCGCUAUCCUCGCGACUGAGGCCUCAAGCGACCAAGGAGCAACUGGACGACAUUCCUGAUCGACCGGUCGCGCAGCUCAGUAUCGAACAGCUUGCUCGAUUGGCGCAGGUCGUCGAUACCGCGCUCUUUAAAAGUUAUCUCGCGACCAAGCCUGUCAUGGUAGGGCCGUUGUGUCGGAUCGAUAAUUGGUGCGAGGUCGAAGAGGUCGAAGAGGCGCUGCUGGAGAAGAAGGUGAGAUCAGUCUCGGCUUAGAAUGGGAACGUUGGCGGAGGGGACGCUGAUGCGUGUGAUCAUGAGCAGAAGUACCGAGAGCUUUUGGACCUCUACAAUGGCAAGAGCACGCACCAGAAGGCCGUCAAAUUGUUGCGCAGGUGGGUGAGACGUACCUUCCCAGUCAGGUCCGAGUCCACGACUAAUUGUGGCAACGUGUCCAAUGCACAGAAUUGCCGAAGACGAAGAUGACCUCGACGAAAAAGUCGAGCCGACGAUUCGAUACGUCCAGAAACUAGGACCGGAUCAUCUGUCGACGAUCCUCGAAGCUUCGGAGUGGGUCUUUGCGACCCAUCGGGCCAAGGGCCUCGAGAUCUUUAUCGCCGACUUGGAAGAGGUCGAAGCGUUGCCGCGACAUCAAGUCAUGCAGCACUUGGAAGGCGUUGGUGAGGAGGCGUGCAUGCGGUAUUUGGAACAUGUCGUGCACGAGUUGGACGAGAGAGGCGCCGAAUUUCACGAGAAAUUGAUCGAGGUCUACUUGAGGAGGGUGUUGGAGGGUGGGCAAGGUGGCGUGGGCGAUGAAGAGGGGUACAAGAAACUACUCGCUUUCCUCGAGGCGUCCGAAUCGUACCGUGCGGAUCGAAUGUUGGGACGACUACCCGCUUCGACUUUGAGCUCGGUCGCUGGAACGAUUUCGAGCAUGACGAAGAAGGACGAAGCGCUCGCGCUCGUUCGCGCACUCUUGUUGGGUCGUCUCGGUCGACACGAAGGCGCAUUACGAAUCUACGUUUACCAACUCGCCGCUGCCGAACUCGCCGAGGACUACUGCCGUCGCGUCGUCGCUAGCGAGGAAGACGUCUUUCACAUCCUCUUACGCAUCUACCUACGCCCGACGAACGAUCAGAAAGUCAUGUUCGCGCCCGCGCUAGAACUCGUCAAAAAGUAUGCGCUCUACCUCGACCCCAUCGUCGUCUUUGAUCUGUUACCACCCUUGGUCUCGAUAGCGGACCUCAAAGUCUUUCUUGAGAAAACGUUACGUCGUUCCGUCCAAGCCAAGAAUGAUACACUCGUGCUCAAGGCGAUCACGAAAAGUCUUUCGGAGAAAGAGGAGAGGGAGAAAGUCGAUUUGGAAGAGAGGAGGGUCAAGGUUACGGAAGGGAGGGUUUGCCCCGUUUGUGGUAAACGAUUGGGGAAUAGCGUGUUGGCGAUCUUUUUACCGAGGGGUGAGGUGGGUCAUUAUCAGUGCCGUGAGGCGUUUCAGGAGAGGAGGAAGGACCUGCUGUAG